AUGCUUUUCGCACUGUUACAUACUCGGGCUAGUUCAGAACUUGCUACAUUUCAUUACCAACAAUCCCUGCCACGGCUACCACUUCCGCCUCUCCGUAAUACGUUGGACAAGUAUCUGCAAUCAUUAGAGCCAUACUUUAUUCUCAAUGAACGAAAUGGACGAGGACGGCGGAGCGAAGCGCGUGCACGACGUCGGAAGCUCGCUGACGAAUUUGAGCAAGGCCUUGGGGUAACUUGCCAACAAAGAUUACAAGAACUAGUGAAGAAUGCUCCGUACAAUUGGCUUGACGACGCUUUUUGGCUGAGAAAGGCCUAUCUUGAAAGCCGGUCGUCGCUGCUCGUCCAGUCAAAUUGGUGGCUCGCACUACAAGAUGACGAGACUGUUCCGGCAUCUGUUCGACUAGACCCGCAACCAGAACUGUUCAACGAAUGGCAGCUCCGAAGAGCAAGCUGGCUGGUCAAACGUAUGCUCUCGUUCAAGGAUCGGCUCGACCAGGAGAGAAUACCGCCCGACCUGGUCAGAACAGUACCCCUCUGUAUGUCACAUUACAAGCGAAUGUUCAACAUGACGCGGAUACCAGCUGUUGGCUGCGAUAUUCUCCACAAAGCCUCGACUUCGAACCCAUCUGCCCAUCAGAUAGUUGUUUUCGCCAAUGGCAACAUGUUCCUCGUAGACGCAUACGAGUCAAAUGGCACUUUCUCUGGCACCGACCUGAUAUACCGACGUCUCAAAGCGUGUGCACGGCUUGCUCGAUCACGUCCAAAUGUCGCUGUUGCUAUACUCACGAAUCGGGACUAUCUUAUGCAAUUGUCACCACGCAAUCGACUCAACCUUUGGAACAUUGACUCGUCCCUCUUCUGCCUAUCACUCGAAUCCACUCGGUCCCGUCUUCAAAAUGAGACUAUUGCCGACUCUGUUACCAACCCUAGAUGGGACGACCACUUGCAUAAUACAGCCUACGGCCGCGAUGGACAAGACCGAUGGCUCGACAAAACCAUCACCAUCUCUUUGGAGUCAAAUACGAGAUUCGGGAUGAUGGGGGAACACUCUCCCUGUGACGCGCUGGUACCGAGCAUCCUCGGUGACUAUUGUGUCGAGGAACCCAUCAACCUCUCUGAGUUUAGCGUCGACAACUUAGCGAUUCCAGAAGAAGGCGAUGGCUGGAAACCGAUUACGUGGGACAUAGACUCGUAUAUCACAGACGAGUGUCGACGAGUUGCCGCCGACGCAAAGGCAUUGGUAGAUGAUUCAGACGACAGUCAACUGUGGUUCGAAGAUUAUGGGGUGAAUUGGAUCAAACAAGUGGCCAAGCUCUCGCCAGAUGCGUAUAUCCAGAUGGCGCUUCAAAUGGCUUGGAUCAAGGAUCAAGGUCGACCUACUGCAGUAUACGAAACGGCUUCAACUCGUCUGUUCCUGCAUGGGCGCACCGAAGUCAUUCGUUCCCUUAGCCAGGAGAGUCUUGCGUUUGUGCAAUCGAUGAAUGAUGAAAUCUCCUCUCCUGCUGGAAGGCUCCGACUCCUCAUGGUGGCGAUCAAAGCGCAUAAUACAUAUACCCGCGACGCUUCGACUGGCCAAGGGAUUGAUCGACAUCUCAUGGCAUUACGUCUUGUAAUGGCACCAGGAGAGAGCUCAGAGCUCUUUCAAGACGAAUUAUUUGCCCAAAGUCAGGAGUGGAAACUAAGUACCAGCGGUCUAAGCUCUGGCGACCGGUUUAUCGGCACAGGCUUUGGUAGCCCAUACCCAGAUGGCUAUGGAAUCAAUUAUCUUGCAGGGGGCGAGAUUCUCAAGUUUGGUAUUGAAUCCAAACACAGCUGUCCAACGACUUCAACAUUGGCCUUUAAACACGCACUCGUGGCCAGUCUCCGAGAGAUGAGGACGACAUGCGAAAAAGGCUACAUUGAACUCGAACGGGGAAAAGAGAUGACUGAGGGUGCGAUUCAGGCCCGUCUCUGA